AAUUCAGCAACAAGCAAUAUUUAAAUAUGUGAGAAUAGUAUGUUCUAUUAAUAAACAAUAUGUCAUUUGUGUGUGCUCAAUCAAGGAUUGGACAAAAUUGUAUAAAAUCAAGAAUUGAUAUUGGUAUUGUUUAAUGGAGGACAGAAAUUUUCCUAGAUGGCGACACAUUCGAGCUUUUUGUUCUAGUAUAGUAUAUAUGGAAUGACGAGUAUGGCGACUAGUUCUAGUUGAUGUAAAGUUUACCUGUUGAUAAUCGAAUCGAAUUUGGCUUAAGAAAAAUUAUCGAAUUACCAUAGUUCUUACGAGGUAAAUUGCCUCUAAUAAAUAUCUCAUUUAACAUAAUAUUCCACACUAAUGUGGUGUUUCAUUUUUUUAUGUAAAACAAGUGUAACCAAACGAUGUACCAGAAUCUUAAAAGUACGAAAAUUAGGAAACAAUUACUGUCAUAACUUAUACAUCUAGCAUAAGUUGCUGAAUAAUGGUUUACAACAUUACAAAUACUCUGUGAAGGACCUGAUAGUGAAGAUUUUCAUUCACAAUAAAAAUGUAAUAUAAUUCUUGUGUUUACCCGCAUAAUUAACUUCCACUAUUUUUUCUUUAAAAAAGUGUGUAUCAAAAAUUUCAUAUGAGAGAAUGGCAAUUCGUAUCACAUUAGAAUGUGGACACGCAUCAAUGUUACGUAUGCGGACCACUCCACAAGGAUACACUCAUGAUUGGGAAGUAUUUGUGCGGGGUAUAGAUAAUGCUGAUAUUCACCACUAUGUCGAAAAAGUGGUUUUUCAAUUACAUGAAACAUUUGCAAAACCAAAGAGAAUCAUAAAAGAACCACCAUUUGUGAUAAAAGAAUCUGGUUAUGCUGGUUUUGAGAUUCCAAUUCAUAUUUAUUUAAAAAACAAGGAUGAAGGUAGUAAAAAAAUAGAAAUUUUAUAUGACCUUAAUUUACAAAAAAGUGGUCCUGCAAUUACUAGUGUUAUAAAGCAUACAGAAAUAAUUAAUAAUCCUUCAGAUGAUUUUAAAAGGAAAUUGUUAAAAGGUGGUGGUGUUCUCAUAUCUAAUUCUGAAAAUUCAGUUGAAAAAAGUGAAACUAAAGCAUUAACUAUGGUUAAUAAACCAAAAAUCAAUGGAAAUGAUACAAAAAAGCACAAAAAUAUAGAAUCAAAAACUUCUAAUUCUUUUGCUGAACUAUUUGGAACUCCUUUAAAGCCUACAAAAGUUAUUCAAGAUCCUAAAAAACCUAUACAAUCAGAAAAAUCCUCAAGUUCUAAAUCAUUAAUUACCACUGAAAAGUCUGAUAAAGUGGAUAAAACAAAACUCAAAGAGAGCCCUCACAAAGAUAAUAAAAAAGAGAAAGUAGACGACAAAAAAGAUAAAAGAAUCAGAGAUCAAUCUAAAGAUAAAAUUCGUAAUAAAGAAAAAUCAAAAAGACCUCCGAGUCCUGGAAAUAAAAGUCAUUCUAGCCCUUCUAAUAAAAGACCUCUUUCACCUACAUCAAUCUCAUUAAAAAGACCUUCUAGUCCUUCUCUUCCUCCGGCAAAGAGACCGUCUUCUCCAAAAUUAAAAGAAAAAGAAUUAAAAAAAAUAACAGUUGACAAAGAUAAGGAUAAAUAUAAAGAAAAAGAUAAAAUAAAAGAUAAUGGUAAGAGUGUUACCGAUUCUUCUAAAAGUGAAAAAAAAAAGGACAAGAAAAAACAUAAAGAAGAUCGGGAUAGGGAACGAAAAGAUAAAUAUAAAGAAGGAGAACGGUCUUCUUCGAAAGAAACUAUAAAAAUAAUAGAAAAGAAAAAUGAUAAGCCAGACAAAUCGGAGAAAUCCGAGAAGGAAAAAAGUCAAGAAUAUAAAUCUACGAAAGAUGGAAGAAAAUCGCCGAGACCUCCGAAGGAGAGUGACAAACCAAAGGACGAUAAGCUGCCAAAGAUAGAAAAAUCAGAGAAAAUGGAAAGAUCCGACAAAACGAAGGAUAGUAAAAGUGACAAGGAUAGGCAGAAACAUAAGCAUAAGAAAAGGGAUAAAAAAGAUAAACGGGAUAGUAGUAAAGAUAGGGAUAAAAAGGAAAAACGCGAUAGGAUAAAAUCUUCAACGGAGAAGCAAAACAAUGUGCCUAAUGUUUCAGUAGCUAAUCCUCUUUCAACUCUGUUGGCAGAAAUGCCGGAAAGAGAUAGUAGCGAUUCAGCGCCAUCCGUAGAUGAUGAUUCUUUUACCGAAUCAAAAUUGUCAGUGCCUGUCAUUAAGAAAGAAGUAGAAAAUAUAACAGUGUCUACACCGCCAACCGAUAUGGCGAAAGCUCUUUCACCGACAAUCCCGCCAGAUAUUAAAAAAGAAAAGAUAGAUCGAAGUAAAAGGGAGAGACCUAAAGGAAGCAAAGGGGAAGAGAAGGAUACCCGAAAGAGAAAACGAAGGAGUGAUAGUAAAGGCGAUGACGAACAUGUAGUUAAAAGAGAAAAGGAUAGGGGUCAUUCAUCGUCACCCCCCUUAGAACCUGUUUCUUCGAGUCAAUCACCCGUUGUGGUAGAUCAGGAAACUGUUCAUAUGAAAGACAAAGAGGAUCGUGGUGUCAUGGAGCAAAUGGUUGAAAAAAAUAUCGAAGCAGAAGUGGAACAAGUGGCACCUGAUUCCACGAAUAGUACUUUGGUUGAUUCUGAUAUGGGGGAACCACCUGUGUUUUCGGAAGAUUAUGUGUCUCAAUUAAAAGACUUGCAACAAAAAAUAAUGACUUUACAAGAUAAUCAAGAAUUACAAAGAGUUGUUCAAGUAAUCGCAGAAACUGGUCAAUACGAGAUUACGAAGAAAACAUUUGACUUUGAUUUGUGUGCUCUGGACCGUAGAACGGUACAGCGUCUCCAACAAUUCUUCGCAUCGUGACCAUCUGCUUAAAUCAUGACAUCGUUUAUUAUAUACAUUGUUAUUCUAUGUAUAUUAAGUCGUUAAGUUAUUUGAACUUAUAAGAGAAAUUCUUUCGCAUAUUAUGUAUAUAUAUAUGUGUGUGUGUGUAUGUAUGUAUAUAUAUAUAGACACACACACAUACAUAUAUAUAUAUAAAAAUAAGUAAGACCCCAGAAGAAUUUUGUAAAUACUAAUUUUCUUGAUAAAAAAGAAAAGAAAGUUAUCUUUUAUCUUUUAUCUAAAGAUAUGAUUCAAAUUUCGUCUUAAUUUCUUAAUUGCAUAUUUUCAAUUAGAUUAUGAAAAUAUGUAUAAAAACAAAAUUUUAUGUAUCGCAAUGAGACGUAAUAUAUCGUUUAUAUGUUCUUCAUUGUUCAUUAUCAUCAGUUUAUUUUUCUUAUAUAUAUUUUUACAUGUUUCUAAUAUUUGUUAUUUUUACAUAAAUAAUGUAUAAUGUAUAAUAUAUGUGUAAUAAUGCACAUAGAUUGUGAUAUUAUAUUGUUGUAUAAUAUUAUAGAGUAUUUACCAUUUUUCUGGGGAAUACUAAAAUGGGGUCUACAGUGCAUUUAUUUAUGUUAUGUAGACGCGACAUAUAUAUGUAUAUAUAUAUAUACAUAUAUAAAUUUAUAUAUAUAUAUACACCUACAUAUAUGUAUAUUUAUAUUAUAAAUAUAUAUUUGAUUUCUUACGUCGUAAAUAUAAAAAAUUAUGUUGAUUUUUUAAGGUAAUUGGGUGGAGUCGGGUCGUUUGAAGAUUUUGUGCAUCACAUUGCCUUGUAACAUAGAUAUAUUCUUGAUAUUUCGCGAAGAAUUUAGCGUAGGUUCAUCUGCCUGAACCGAAGACACCUAUUAUAUUUAUUGAUAUUUUCGUACGCGAUAUAAUUAAUGUAAGAGUGAGCGAAAGAAUCAUUUGGUAAUUUAUAUCCUAUGUUAGAAAGAGUGUGAUCAUCGGCAUAUUCCUUUAUUAUUAUUUUAUAAUAAUAAUAAUAAUUAUUAUUAUUAUUUUACAUUGGAAACGUGAUUGAACUUGUUUCCGCAAAUUUUCAUAAAAAGAAAUUUUCAAAAAUACUUGACACGCGGUAAUAGAAUGCAUUUAAUGCAAUUUUUUUUUUUAUUCACAUGUACAGAGUAUUUUUUAAGUAUUAUUAAGUUCGGUCGAGUAUAAAUAACAUUGAUACGUCAACGUUAAAAAGAUCAAAACCGUUAAAAAAAGAAAUAAUUUUAAUUUUUUUAAUAUAUUCUAUAUCAUAAAUUUCUUUAUGAAUUUUUUUUUUUAUACGCGUCAAUGUUUCAUCCGUCUGUUCGUCUCACGAUGCAUUGAAGUUGAAUUUAAUUCGAGUGAAAAUCGAUAUUUCGUUUCACAAAUACAGCACGUACCUGUCAUGUCUUUUCAUCCUUUUCGAGUUAAGUACCGCGAAAAUUACAUCGAUACAUCCGAUUCGUACCGUGUGAAUGUAUUAUCGAGGCAUUAGAAAUAUCUUUUUUUUUUUGUUUUUCAUACUAUUAUUCGUUUCAUCAUAAAAUGACAUCACAGAGCGGUCAUGAUGUUGCGUGCAAUUAAUACACCAAAUAGUCUAAUGUUUUGUAUAAUGAAGAUUGUAUAUUAGAUAAAUACCGUCGUAGUUUUUAUAGUUUUUGCAGUACAGUUAUUUAUUGUAUUAGAAAAAGGGAUGACUGUCGAUUAAACGAGGAAGUAUUUCAAUCGGUGCCAAUUGGCAUCGUGUGUAUUAAGCAUUUUCUAUGCUCGUUUUUGCGACACUCGAACAACGCGUUGCCAAAACUUUAAUAACAUUAAUUUAUUAAUGUUAGAAAAUCGAGGAAAAUCGAGAUGAAACAAAGACUAAUGAGGUUGUCGUUAAGCAAAUUGAAAAGUUGAAUUGAAAAAUUGAACUGAUUAAUCAUUCGAGAUGUUGAAAUAAUUUUUUUUUUUUCCAAUCCGUAUUAUGUACAAAUUUAAACAAUUUCGUACAAUUUAUAUUUAUUUUAUUGUUAACGUAUUCGCCAAGUGCAUGCUACGAAUCAAAAAGAAAUUCUUUUAGAGCAAGGGCAUUAUUAGAACCUGCAGGAUGUUUACUCUGAUCUUAGAUUCAGAUCAUCGAUACAUCGUUUAUAUUGUUAUUGAUUAAACAAUUUUAAACCGGUCAUUCGAAUCGUGAAUUUUUACAAAAAAGCAUACUAUCCUUUGUUAGUCAAAUGUUAAGAGUUUAAAUGCCGUUUGUUGUAAAAGAUAUUUUAUUCAAUCCUCUACUAAUGGAGAUAUAAAAAAAAAAAAAAAAA